AUGUAUAGUGUGUAUGGGGGUGCGAGCAGGACUGUACAGGACUGGGCAGCACGAAAAGUUAACCGUGGCUUGGAGUUUCAGUGCUUCAACGCGCCCGGGACAGCGUCCCUGUGCUGCCCCGGGCAGUGCCCUCAGAACCCCGGGCCCAACCCGGUGUGCGGCCCCACACUCGCGCCUGCCCCGACGUUCGCGCAGUGCGACCCGACGUCAGCCACGCCUAACCAGUGCUUCAAUGCGGCCGGUUCACAGUCCAUUUGCUGCCCGGGACAGUGCCCCGGAAACCCCGGAGCCACCGCUGUUUGCGGUGGGCUUUCCCCGGCCACCGGAUCCCCGGGCAAUCCCUCUCCCACCAGUGCCUCUGGUUCCACCACCGGGGGAAGCCCCCCGUGCGACCCGACCUCCAACCUGCCGAACCAGUGCUUCAACGCGGCCGGUUCUCAGUCCAUUUGCUGCCCGGGGCAAUGCCCCGGAAACCCCGGAGCCACCGCUGUCUGCGGUGGUCCUUCCCCGGCCACCGGAUCUCCGGGCAAUCCCUCUCCCACCAGUGCCUCUGGUUCUACGACCGGGGGAAGCCCUCCGUGCGAUCCAAUGUCCAACCUGCCGAACCAGUGCUUCAACGCGGCCGGUUCACAGUCCAUCUGCUGCCCGGGGCAAUGCCCCGGAAACCCCGGAGCCAGCGCCGUCUGCGGUGGACCUUCCCCGGCCACCGGAUCUCCGGGCAAUCCCUCUCCCACCAGUGCCUCUGGUUCUACGACCGGGGGAAGCCCUCCGUGCAACCCGACCUCGAACCUGCCAAACCAGUGCUUCAACGCCCCCGGCACUGCGUCCAUUUGUUGCCCCGGGCAGUGCCCCAACAACCCGGGGCCGACACCGUUUUGCGCUUAAUAAUCUCUUUGCCCCGUACACUGGCAUACGUUAUUUAACAACACAACAAAUCAACCCGUGACCGAGCAAUGCCCCAACAACCCGGGGCCGACACCGUUCUGUGCAUAGGAGUCUUUUGCCUUGUACACUGCCAUAACUUAUUGACCAACAAAACAAAUCAACCCGUGACGGUUCCAUUCACCCAGUCUUUUUUACGCAAGCGCGACGCUAAUCUUGUUAGACACGGCCUGUUUUGGUGAGCACUGGCAGUGACGAAUUGUAGGCGACCCAAUCAUUAGCUAAGACGUUAACUUGAAAGCGCCCAAAAAGACGUCCGCCCGAUGUCUUUCUCCAUCAGAGUGUAAUUUACCUCGUUGAGCAAGCACCGUUGAGUUGAAAAUCAGACAUUUGAUUUGGUGCAUCACGAUGUUGUAUCUUGGUCAGGGCUCGCGGGCCUAAGAUUAGGACUUUGUGAUUAGUGCCAAAGCAGACGACAAGUUUAUUGCUUUUGACACUUUCGGAUUUGAGCUCUUUCUUCAGAUUAUCCUCGUGUUGUCA